CCAGCCACCUCCGAGCCGCAGAAGGCAGCAGCAAGUCGCUGCAGCCGGGGUGGCCACUACCCGGAGAGCCCACUCCUCUCCCCUUGACAGAGGUCUUCUUCUGUGCCCUUCCGGGUGCCUCUGGUCCAAACCUCCCCCCACGAUAUGGAAGAAUUUUUGCAACGCGCCAAGUCUAAACUGAAUCGAAGUAAACGCUUGGAGAAGGUCCAUGUGGUUAUUGGACACAAAUCAUGUGACUUGGAUUCUCUUAUUUCUGCCUUCACAUAUGCUUACUUUCUAGACAAGGUCAGUCCACCUGGCGUUCUCUGUUUGCCAGUGCUGAACAUACCAAGAACGGAAUUCAACUACUUUACUGAGACAAGGUUUAUUUUAGAAGAGCUAAAUAUUUCUGAAUCAUUCCACAUAUUCCGAGAUGAAAUUAAUCUUCAUCAGCUAAAUCAUGAAGGGAAGUUAUCUAUAACACUUGUUCACAGCAACGUGCUAUCGAGUGAGGACAAAACUUUAGAAUCAGCUGUUGUCAAAGUCAUUAGCCCGGUUGAACAGAGUGCUGCUGAGCCUGAGUUCCGAGAGUCUUCCUCCUCCCUUGUUGUGAAAGAGAUUCUCCAGGAGGCUCCCGAGCUCAUCACCGAGCAGCUGGCUCAUCUCCUCAGAGGUAGCAUCCUUUUCAAGUACAUGACCAUGGAAUCCGAGAAGAUCUCAGAGAAGCAGGAGGAAAUUCUUUCUAUCCUGGAAGAAAAAUUUCCUAGCUUGCCUCCAAGAGAGGACAUUAUCAACGUCCUGCAGGAGAGCCAAUUCAGUGCCCAGGGUUUAAGUAUCGAACAGAGAAUGCUAAAGGACCUAAAGGAACUGUCAGAUGGAGAAAUAAAAGUGGCCAUUAGUACUGUAAACAUGACCCUUGAGAACUGUGUGUUUCACAGCAGUAUCACCAGUGAUUUGAAAGCAUUUACAGACAAGUUCGGUUUCGAUGUCCUCAUCCUCUUGGCCAGUGACCUGUCGGAGGAGUGGCAGCCAAGACGACAGAUUGCAGUGUACUCUGAGAACCUAGAGCUGUGCAGUCAGAUUUGCUGUGAACUGGAAGAGUGCCAGAGCCCUUGCCUAGAGCUGGAGCCCUUUGAGUGUGGUUGCGAUGAGAUCCUGGUGUACCAGCAGGAGAACCCGUCGGUGACUUGUGACCAGGUGGUUCUCCUCGUCAAGGAGGUCAUCAACAGGAGGUGUCCAGAAAUGGUCUCCAACAGCCGCACGUCCUCCACAGAAGCCGUGGCAGGCAGUGCCCCACUCUCCCAGGGAUCUUCCGGGAUUAUGGAGUUGUAUGGCUCUGACAUAGAGCCACAGCCCAACUCCGUGAAUUUCAUAGAAAACCCUCCAGAUCUCAAUGAUUCUAACCAGGCCCAGGUGGAUGUCAACAUAGACCUGGUUAGCCCAGAUAGUGGAUUGGCCACCAUCAGGAGCAGCCGUUCAUCCAAGGAGAGCUCGGUGUUCCUCAGUGAUGACAGUCCUGUGGGCGAAGGUGCAGGGUCUCAUCACAGCCUCCUCCCGGGGUUUGACUCCUACAGUCCCAUCCCUGAAGGAGCAGCAGUGGAGGAGCAUGCACGGUCCGGAGAACAUGGAGAACACUUUGAUCUCUUCAACUUUGAUCCGGCACCCAUGGUUUCUGGGCAGUCCCAACCAUCUUCCCAUUCUGCAGACUACUCCCCGGCAGAUGAUUUCUUCCCCAACAGUGAUUCAUCAGAAGAAAAGCUCCCCACGGGGCCUAAAGGACUCAGUGGGAUAGAGAUGGACAUGUCUAAUUAUUCAUCUAGUUCGCUUUUGUCGGAGGCUGGCAAAGAUAGCCUUGUGGAAUUUGAUGAGGAGUUUGUCCAGAGACAAGAAAGUCCCGAGGAUAACACUGAAAGAAAUUUGAGCCUGACAGGUUUUGUGGGAGAUGAAUCUCUUUCACCAGAAAGGUUGAAAAAUAUUGGAAAGAGAGUCCCACCAGCACCUGUGAAUAGCUUUGUAGAAAGCUCGCCAGCCACUGAAGAACCAGCUCUACUCUAUCGAGAUGAUAUGACCCCAAAAGCAGUUGACACGGGGCCACCUCAGUCUCGUGUGAGGUGCAGCAGCUGGUGGGGUGGUUUGGAAGUUGACUCUAAAAAUAUUGCAGAUGCGUGGAGUUCCAGUGAGCAGGAAUCUGUCUUCCAGAGCCCCGAAUCCUGGAAAGAUCAUAAGCCAAGCCCAGCUGAUAGGAGAGCCUCAGAUUCUACAUUUCAACCAAAGAGUCUCGAAUUCCCAAAGUCAGGUCCCUGGGAGUCAGAAUUUGGGCAGCCAGGACUGGGCAGCAGUAAUAUUCAAGACCAAAAUGAGGAAAGCUUGCAGUUUCAGAACCUGCCCGCUGAGAAGUCCCAUUUGCCAAACGCUUCUCCUCAGGGAACAAACCACCUGAUAGAAGACUUCACUGCUUUGUGGCGUUCUGCUCGCUCUCCCACAGCGAUGCCUGAGCCCUGGGGAAAUCCCACAGAUGAUGGUGAAGCAGCUACUGCAGCAUCAUUCCCCGCCUGGAGUGCAUUUGGUAAAGAAAAUGACACCGGGGCUUUGAAAAAUACCUGGAAUCUGCACCCAACGAGUGGUGAGACACCCUCUGUGAGGGACCCAAAUGAGUGGGCCAUGGCAAAAAGUGGGUUUUCUUUUCCUUCGGAAGACCUAGUGGACAAUUCACCCAGUGAGGCAAAUAAUGAAGCAGCUCCAGAAAUCUGGGGCAAAAAGAGCCAUGAAUCCAGGGCGAAUAGUCUUAUACCUGGAUCUGAUCUGGAUCACGCAUGGAAUAGUUCUAAGCCAGCAACGGGUGAUCAGGAUGGUGUCGUGGAUCCAAAAAUUAGGGAGAAAGUGUAUGAAAAGGUAGACUCCUGGAACCUUUUUGAGGAGAGUAUCAAGAAAGGAGGGUCAGACAUAGCUCCUUGGGAAGAUUCCUUCUUAUCAUAUAAAUGUUCCGAUUACAGUGCAUCCAACAUAGGGGAAGAUUCAGUGCCUUCCCCCUUAGACACCAACUAUUCCACCUCUGAUUCUUACACAUCACCAACGUUUGCUGGAGACGAGAAAGAAAUCGAAAACAAGCUAUUUGCCAAAGACGAAGGUUUUGAGUCAAAAGAUACUAACUUUACCACAGAGGAGACUGAAAUCCCACCUCAGUCACCGCAACAGCCACCUAGAAAUAGAAUGAGCUCAGGUCCUGAGAACCUAGAAAUGUGGGCUUCACCUCAUGCAGAUAAUUCUGAAAUAAAUGCCACUCACAAGCCAGAUAAAGAUUCACUCAAGACAGAGCCCACAGAUGAUAAGGACAUCUUCAUAGAGGAUGAUGCUGGGGAAAGCAGCCUGUCCAGUUACGACGACCCCAGCAUGAUGCAGCUGUACAACGAAACAAACCGACAGCUCACACUUUUGCAUAGCAGCACCAACUCGCGGCAAUCGGCCCCUGACAAUCUCGACGUGUGGAACAGAGUGAUUCUGGAGGACACUCAGUCCACUGCGACCAUCUCUGAUAAUGAUUUGGAUUGGGAUGACUGCAGUGCGGGGGUGGCGGUCCCUGGUGAAGGUCAAGCACAAGGGUACAGGGCGGAAAGUACCGAACCUGAAACCCGAUUUUCAGUGAAACAGCUAGAACCGUGGGGCGUGGAGUAUCAGGAAGCAAAUCAGGCAGAUUGGGGACUCCCUGCCUCUUCUGAGCACAGCAAGGGCACUGCUCCCAACGAAUAUCACAUACUGAAUGAAAAAAGCGGACAGCUAAUCGCAAAUAAUAUUUGGGAUUCCGUCAUGAGAGAUAACGACAUGUCAUCGUUAAUGUUACCAGGCCCAUUGUAUGUUACAGAUUCAGAACAAAGCAAAUUGCCUCCUGAAACUCCCAGCUCUUCAGAAAACCUUCAGGACCAUCACAUCCCAGACAUGCUGGAAGACUCUGGAGCCAGUGAAUCAGGAGCACUUGAUCCUGACCAGCAAGACACAUGCAGAGGAAACCUGCCAAGUGAUACAGUGUCAUUGGUGACUGGGGUUGAAAAUCCAGGGCGUUUCGUAUGCUCAGAUCCAUGGGAGGGUCUUAGCUAUGGACAAAGUGAAAGUGAGAAGGAAACCCACAGAGCUGCUGAUAAGCACCUCAAUGAGGAGGAAGUAGUGGAUAGAGCCUUGGGGACUUCUGGAGAAGGGGAGGAUGACCGGGAAUGCUCUUGCCCAGUUGCAGCUGAACAUCAAGAAAUCUACGACGAAUCAGUCAAAAUCAGCUCUCUUUUGGUCACUUCCAGUCCUCAGACUGAGGAACCCCAGGAGGUCUUAGUGCAUGAGAAGGGAUCUUACAAUCCAGACCCCUGUGAUAUGCAAACAGAGGUCUCCACAAAUCUCCUGCAGGCAAAAGAGGCCUGCGAAAAGCACCUAAGGAAUCACAGAAAUUCAGGUGAAACUACUGAAAUUUCAGGUAGCCUGAAUUCAACAAAAAAUGUAUCUUUACCAGAAAUGGAUCUUGAGAAAACUGAAGAAUAUAAUAUUCUGGAGCCAGAGGGUGUGAACCAAGAGCCACCUCAUGAACGUCCCCAAAGCCUUGACAAUUGGGAUGGCCCAGUAGACAGUGAUAUGCAGAUCAGUUGUGCAAGUUCUGAGAUAACUAAGAAUCUUGACAUUAAGAGUACUAAAAACAGCCCUCCAGGAGCCAGUCCAUCAGGAAAUUAUGACAGAGAUAGUAUUUCUAGUGAGUAUACACAUUCAAGUGCAUCAAGUCCUGACCUAAAUGAUUCUUCAGCUGCACCACUUUCCUGGGACCAUGGACCCAAUACUGGCCAUCAGAAGGUGAAUCAAGAUGAUUGGAAUACACAGAAUCACCAAGAAUCUGAACUAAUUACUACUGAUGGCCAAGUAGAAGUAAUUACUGAAACGAAGGACCUGGAGAAAAACAGACUGGACGAGUUUGAAAGGAGCUUAGAUCGCAAGGUUCAUAAAUUUGUAGAGAUUUGGAAUGACUCAAUAGAUGUUGAUUCCUUUUCCUCUUUAUCCAGCCCUGAAACAGGCAAACAUUCUGAAUAUUCAGGUGCAUAUCAGGAAAGCAGUCUAAUGGUUAGCCAUCAGGAAAACCAUGAACGUGAUAUUCCUGACUCUAUGAAGCCGGAAGAUGCCAAGUUCAUUUCAACAAGCUCAGGUUCUGAUGAUGACAGUGUAGGUGAUGGAGAGUCAGUGGAGAAAGAGAUCCACUUGGCCACUUGCCACAUUCCUCAGAGCGAACCCAGAGCUUGGGAUUCAUUGAAUGAAUCUAGUGAGUUCUUGGCCGAGGAGGAUCCCAAGUCUGAAGAAUUAUCCAUCUAUGUAGGCGGUUCAGAAACAGCAGAGACUGAGAGUAUAUCAAACCCAUUCUGUGACAAUCAACAAAGCACCCCCGAUCACUGGAAUUUCUCAACAAUAAAGAAGACUGAAGUACAGACUACAGCAGUGGACAGGGAGAUGAGAUCUUCUCCAGAAAUGGGGAAGGAAGAAGGUAUCAUAUGGCAAAUAUCUCCCCAAACUGAACCAAAGAACGAAAAUUAUUCUAAAUUGAAAAGACUUGGCUUUUCCGCUGAGAGCACCAAGAGCUGGAAUGCCUCUCUACAGGAAGGGCAACCAACUGAGGGUACAUUGGAAGGGGAAUUAUACCAAAAUGUGGGUCCUUGGGGAGAACCCAUUCAGGGUGAUAUGGAGUCCAGGGAAACCCAUUAUACUAACCCUUUCAGUGAUAAACAUCAGUCACCUUUUCUGGAUAGUAAUGGGGAGAACUCCCACAAGCAACUUUGGAACAUUCAACCAAGACAGCCAGAACCAGAAGCGGAUCAGCUUAGCCAACUUGUAAUAUUGGACCGAAUUAGAGAAAAGGAUCUCGGAGAGCAAACCUUCGUGUCUUCUGCUGGUGACAGACUCACUUCUGAAACACCUACCCAAGAGCAGUGUCAGAAUACAGUGCUGUCCAUCUGGGAUCAGCCAGAUCCAACAUUGACUCACGAAGAUGAAAGUGAAUGUGUUACUGCUAAUGUUCCAACUAUUGAGUGUCAAGAAACAAAUUGGUGGGAGGAAGAAAAAUCAUACCCCAGUGAAUUGACAAAUUCAAACAUUGCCUCAGAAGAUUUCCCUGCUGACAGUUCUUCCAUCCCGUUGAUAAAGAAGUCAGGUGCUGAAUGGGAUGGCUCUGUCCCUAGUGAGGGACCCCAAGGCACAUUUGUUCCAGAUAUUUUACAUGGCAACUUCAAAGAUGGUGGGCAACUGGCGUCAGCUUCGCCUGACUUGUGGAUAGAUGCUAAGCAGCUCUUCAAUUUGAAAGCAGAAGGUGAGAACCCUGAUAUCCUAACUCACUGUGACCAGGACAGCAAUUCUCAGGCUUCUGACAGCCCUGAUAUAUGUCAUGAUUAUGAAGCCAAGCAAGAGACUGAGCAACACAUCAGUGCUAGUAUGGAACCUGAAGGGGAAGCCAGUGAGUUAUAUCUCACCGAGCCAAAGCUGGAUGAUGAACCCAGUCAAGAGCCUGGGCAGGAAUUUGUCCCAUACAAUUCAGAACUAUAUUCUGAAAACCUAAUUCCACUGCCUCCAGUCAGCGAUCAAGCAAACACGAACGGCUCAUCUCAGCCUGCUGCCUCUCACAAUGGUUCUCCUGAAUCUUCUGAACUAAAUGGUGAAGACAAAACAGGUUUAAAAGCAUCAGAAAAAGAAGCUAACCCAGAUUCAGAUAUGGCACAAAUUUUGGAACCCAAUGACAGAACAAUCCCAAUUAUUAAAAAUAUGGGAACCAGUAUUUUUGUAACUCACCAAGAGCCAACUAUGGAUGGCAACAGCUCUUGGGUCUCAGAGGGCUUUUUUCCUGAAAGUCAGACAGAUGCAGGAGCUGUGUUGGUCCUUGAGCAAGCUUUCCCUGCUGAGAAUCCUGCCUCAGUUCCUGAUGCUCUGCUAGCCUCAGACACUUGUCUGGAUGUAAGUGAAGCUGCCUUUGACCACAGUUUCAGUGAUGCCUCAGGUCUCAACACAUCCACGGGAACGAUAGAUGACAUGAGUAAAUUGACAUUGUCAGAAGGCAAUCUCGAAACGCCAGUUGAUGGUGAUGUAGGGAAGCAAGAUAUCUGUUCAUCCGAAGCCUCAUGGGGUGAUUUUGAAUAUGAUGUCAUGGGCCAAAAUAUCGAUGAAGAUUUAAUGAAAGAUCCUGAACACUUUCUCUAUGGCGGUGACCAUCUCUUGGAAGAAGAUGCUCAGAAACAAUCUCUCGCACCUUACACACCUCCGUUUGAUUUGUCCUAUCUCACAGAACCUACUAUUGGUGUUGAAAUGACAGAGGAAGCUGGGGAUGAAUCUCUGGGGAGCGAAGCAGCAGAGACAUUGCUUCCUGUCCUUUCUGAUCAAAGAAGCAAGAAAAACCACACUGAGACCCAAAACACACAGCCUGGACACCAGCUGGUGGAACUGCAUAUUCAUGAAGACCCUGAGUCAGUUUCUCUGUCUGUAGGUGGCGACUCCAACAUGGAGUUGUCUCCAUCAAACAUUGACUGGGAAGUAGAAACAGAUAGUUCGGAUUCACCAGCAGGUGGAGACAUAGGACCACCAAAUGGUGCCAGCAAGGGAAUAUUGGAGUUGGAAGAAGAAAAAAUAAUUCCUACUGAAGAACCCAAGCAGAUAAAAUCUGAAUACGGGGAAGAAAGGUGCACAGAGAAGAGUGAAGAUCAUCAGGCACAACACAUGGAUUACAUACUUGUAAACCAUGAAGAAAAAUCACCCCCAAAACUAGAGGCCUGUGAGGCAAGAGAAAGCACACCCGAAUUGGAAGAAUUUCAUGUAGGUCCUGGACAAAUGAGGCUGCCAGGAACUCAAUUAGCAAGCUUCUCAGACCCCUGUCAGCCUGCCUCCUUAAAUGAAAGGAAAGAUCAUUCUGCAGGGAGAAUUUCUUCCAAAGAUGAUCAGCCAUCAUCUCUUGAAACCCCGGGGCAAGACCAGAGUUGGAUGGUCUUGGGCCAUGGUGAGGGUGACAGUCCCUCAUCAGAAGCUAGGGAAAAAGGACCUGGAUGGUCGGGCAAGGCUGUGGAGCCAGUCUCUGAUGACGACUUGGACAAGUGUCCCCAAAUGCAGGUUCUGGGAGAAACGAAGCCUCUAGAAUCUUUAGCACUAGAGGAAACCUCUAGUCUGGGCCGCCAAUCACGGAAGAGCCAGAUACAAAGCAGGGCUGGCCCAGAUGCAGUUAUGUUGCAGGCUGUCACCCAUGACAAUGAAUGGGAAAUGCUUUCACCACAGCCUUCUCAGAAAAACAUGAUCCCUGGAACGGAAACAGAGCAGGAGACAGAGUUUCUUGAGUCCAGAACAAGGAAACCAACACCAAAUGGGCUAAUCUCAGAGGAUGUCGGAAUGGAGGUCCCCUUUGAGGAGGGAAUGCUGAGUCCCAGUGCUGCAGACAUGAGGCCUGAACCUCCUAAUUCUUUGGAUCUUAAUGGCACUCAUCCUCAGAGAAUCAAGCUCCUUGCCCCAAAUAUCAGUCUUUCUCUGGACCAAAGUGAAGGGUCUGUUCUCUCUGAUGAUAACCUGGACAGUCCAGAUGAAAUUGAUAUCAAUGUGGAUGAACUUGAUACCCCCGAUGAAGCAGAUUCUUUUGAGUACACUGGGCACGAGGAUCCUACAGCCAACAAAGAUUCUGGCCAAGAGUCAGAGUCUAUUCCAGAAUAUACAGCAGAAGAGGAGCGGGAAGACAACCGGUUGUGGAGGACAGUGGUGAUUGGAGAACAAGAGCAGCGGAUUGACAUGAAGGUCAUCGAGCCCUACAGGAGAGUCAUCGCUCACGGAGGAGAUUCAGGAUACUAUGGGGAUGGCCUAAAUGCCAUCAUUGUGUUUGCCGCCUGUUUUCUGCCAGACAGCAGUCGGGCGGAUUACCACUAUGUCAUGGAAAAUCUUUUCCUAUAUGUAAUAAGUACUUUAGAGUUGAUGGUAGCUGAAGAUUAUAUGAUUGUGUACUUGAAUGGUGCAACCCCAAGACGGAAGAUGCCAGGGCUGGGCUGGAUGAAGAAAUGCUACCAGAUGAUUGACAGACGGUUGCGGAAGAAUUUGAAAUCAUUCAUUAUUGUUCAUCCAUCUUGGUUCAUCAGAACAAUCCUUGCAGUGACACGACCUUUUAUAAGUUCCAAAUUCAGCAGUAAAAUUAAAUAUGUCAGUAGCUUAUCAGAACUCAGCGAGCUGAUCCCGAUGGAUUGCAUCCAUAUCCCAGAAAGCAUCAUCAAGUACGAUGAAGAGAGAUCUUAUAAGAGAAGUGUGAGACUGGAUGAAGAACUGAGGGAAGCAUCAGAAGCAGCUAAAACUAGCUGCCUUUACAAUGAUCCAGAACUGUCUUCUAUGGAGAAAGAGUAAGAAUUCACCAUCAAUACAGCUAUGUGGUUACUUGCAGUAUGCAUUGACCUGAAGCUGAAAGAAAAGCCCUAGUUGGCCAUGGCUGACAGAAGAGGAUGCUUUGUUGCUUCGUGGUUCUGUUGAAACACAUCUACCUGGAAGAGAUAGGGCUGAUGGUACUUUUUUCCACUUUGCACUACCUGGUGCCAUUCUAAAUUUCUAAGGGGAAAAACAGUAAGGGAAUUUGUUUACUCCUAACAUGUUUUAUGAAAUUCUGUGUAUUUUCCUAUUUUGCCAAUUAUGUGCCUCAAAGCUUUCAGUUGAACCUUAGCAAGAAGGUAGGAUGACGUUCCAUUUCCAUAUUUCUUUAACCCUUGGUGCAGUGAUAUUUUGUCUCUUAGACUGGUAUUGACCAAUAAGGUAGCUUCAAUCCACUAUUAAUUAUGUGUGAAUUGUUUCCGUAAAUUAGCUGGAUUUCUCCUUGGUGGUCAUUUUAGGUUUAAGAUACACAGGGCUCAACUCUCCCACGUAACUCCACCUUUAAAAUCCUAAACUUGCUUAAGACAGCCAUAAACCAGACGCAGGUGAAACCACCAUCAGCUAAGCGCCCACUUGGCUCUUAUGCACAUGAAUCACCUCUAAUUUCACAAAGGGAAGUCAGGCUUUCUAAUUCACAUCAAUUUUAUUUUAGUUGGACAUCAUGUUUUCUGUGAAAUGGCUUAAAAAAAAAAAUCACCAUUUUUCCAAUGAAUGUUGAAGACCACCACAUUGAGAAACUUAAAGAUCAGUGUCUGCAUUUUUGGCAGCUGUGCUUCGGGGUGUAAACUUAGUUCAAGAUAUUAUACUCUACGUGCCAAGGACUCAAGGGUAAGGUGGUCCACUCAGAAAUUCAUUAUUUGGUAACAUUCAGUUAUCUGAAUUUCUCUCUCAAAUGCAUUAUAAAAAGCAAUCUGCUUUAAAACACUCGAAUCUGAUUACAGGUUUAAAAUUAAAUAUGAGAAUAUAUUAUCAUUUGCAAAAAUUUCCUUUGUAGUUUUCAUAUGCCCUUUACAACACCAAUGUAAUUUCGAAUCUAUGGGCCUCUUGCAGAGAAGUUGGCAAACUACAGCCACUUAUAUUGCACUGCCUGUUCUCAUCUGGCCUUUUAGUUAAUAUUAAGAAUGGUUUUCACAGUUUGGGUUGAGGACAUUUUUUUAAGUAUUACAUUACACACGAAAAUUAUUCAACUUUCAGCAUCUAUAAAUGAAGUUUUAUGGAAACAUGUCCACACAAAUUUGUUUAGAACUCUUUUGGCUACUUCCUCACUACAGCCACAGAUUUGAGUAGUUGCAAAAGAUCACGUGUAGCCUACAAAGCCUACAACAUUUACUAUCUUUAUAGAAAAAGUUUGCUGAGCUCUGCUCCAGUACAUUCAUGCUUUGUUCCCAACCUCCAUUUGUGUGUAGAUACUCGUUUCUCUAACAGAAUGCACAAGUAAGGCUGCAAACUAAUUUAUUCUUUAAAAAUAAAACUUGGCAUCCAUUGUCAAAAAAAUACAUGACCUGAUGAAAAAGAUAGCUCAAGUCAUGUUUAUAUGACCCACAGUGAAGCCUGCUAAGAAGGUUUCUGGCUGUUUACAGGUGUUGCUGAGGUCCUGACCUUACUCCGGGAACCAUUCUUAUUCUCCAGUAUCACCUAUUACUAAUUAGCCAGCAAACAUAAAAAUGUAGUGGAGAAUGGGGUUCCACCAUAAUCUUAGGAUGGUAAUAACUACAUCAAGAGAGCUGUCCAAGAUGCUCUUAGCCCUGGGUAUCAUGAGCUUUGAAAUGCUUCAAAGUAGACAUUUUUGCGCAGGUGACUGAAUUUCACUGACCUCAUUUGGUUCAUGUCCAUUUCUCACCACCUUCCAGACAUGCUCUCAUAUAUACAGGUCAACUCGCUUUCCUCCAUAAGUCUCCAUUAUCUGUGUUCCCCUCUUGGUCCCUUUCAAUUGAAUACUUCAUUGAAUUGUGUUCUUUUGGGUCUCCUCCCUCAUAACAUCUGGCUUGUCUUAUAGAAAAACCCUAGAGCAUACCUUCUCUCACAGUCCACGUCCACCUUUGAAAGCCCAAAUUAUGCCUCUCCCAGAACUUAGUGUUGACAUAAGUAUAGUGACUCAAUAGUCCAGUUUGUUCACCCGUUUACAGUCUGUUGCCCUGGCAGAAUUAUUAACAAUGCUUCCCUUUAUUCAGUCAUGUCCCUGUUUGGAAGAUGAAUUGCACGGUCCCCUAGCCACAGGAAGUCAUGAAAAAUCCAGUGUUCAGCUUAAUGGUGCAAGCCUGAGGACAUAGAGCUGUUGCUAGUGGGUUCUUGUUAUAGUCAACCAGACAUGGCAACAAUCUCACCAUUCACGUUUUUUUUUAACUUGUCUAGCCUUCUCAUGGGAGGCUACUCAGGUGGUAUUCUGUUUGAAGCUUAAUCUUCCUACAGGCAUUUUUCCCAAUCAAUGAUUUUGUUUGGGCUGUUCCAUGGGCUGCAUAACCAUUCUGAUACUUAGGCAUUUGCUAUUUUAUUAUCCUAAAAAGAAAAAAUUAAUUUAAUUGCAUGUGCUAGAGAAAAGCCACCAUGUAAAUUCAAUCCAAGUGAAUAGAAUCCUAGAAGAACCCAGAAAAAAAUAAUCCCUAAGCAAAUAGGUAGGCAGAUGUAAACAUACACAUCUUUAGCUAUCUAGCUCUUGCAUUCUGAGCAUUCUUGCUUUGGUUCUGACUUCUAGGAACUGUUUUGCACUUUCUGUGAAUUUGUAGUUAAGGAAACCAAGGGGUCAUUGGGGCAAAAGUAUAUUUUUCCCAAAGUGGCAACUGCUCUUCGUUUAGCUCCUUGAUUAAGAGAAAGAACAAAAAUAUGCCCAGAAGAUACUAUCAAGGAGUGAAGGCAAUAGCUGGGUGUGGAAGAAAACCCUGAAGUUCGUAUUGAAGCCAUACAAUGUUUUAUGGGGUUAUCUUCUAAGACAUACUCCAAGAUGUGUGAGGAAGUCACUACUUCAAGCCUUUGUGUUAUUAAAAUCUCAUUUUAAGAAUUCUGUUUUGGUACUACGUUUGCAAUUCUCAUCUAAUCACAAUGCCUCAGUAGUUUGCUCCCUUAGACACAUUUAGAUGUGCACAAAAUAAUCUUUUAUAUAUUUAAAGGGUUUUCUACUAUGUAUUGGAUUGCUUAGAAUAAAGUAUCUAUUAGAUUUUGUUUGGGUAAACAAAUAAAUAAAUUAUCCUUAAAUAAUGUGGAUUAAUGAUAUAUUAAAUAUAUAU